CGCUACUGCACGCCAAGCGCCGCCGGUUUCAAAACUAUCGGCAGCCGCCGCAUCGUCUCUCUUUCUCUCCCUUCUGCGCGCUGCUGGGAGUGAGAGCCACGGCUGUGCUUUUUCAAGAGGCCGACUACCGCCGACAGUCCGAAUACACAGCCAGUCGCCCGUGAGCGCUCCGUCGAGCCGGUCGUGUGCUUCUUGCUGAUUGUCCUACUUAUACUUAGAGCGCCCGGUUCUCCAAGUUCGAUCGUUCGAAUUCUGUAUAAUACACUGUGAAAUCGGUACGGUGGCUGCCGUAUCGAGUGCGAGCGUGAUUUCUGGAGUGAAGAUCGGUUGCCGAUUUUUUCGGAAAUCGGCACUUUUUUACGCGAUAAACUAACGCGUCAGUGCGAGAUCGGUUGUGUAUAUACCCCAGUGCGAACAUACUCUUGCCGAUUUGUGAAGAAGCAUCGGCGGCGAUCGUCUCGUGCACCACUCGACGACGGCAAAAAGCCACUCGAUCUCCCGAACAGCAAGAAAGACGUUAAGAGAGUUUAUAUGCAUCGAGUGGCGGCGAGCAUCGUCGUCGGGUAAACAAGUCGCGAGAGCGCAAUACACACGUACACACAUACUCCGUCGAGUUUCGGCGCCGUACAGAAGAGAGAGAGAGAGAGAGAGAGAGAGAGAGAGAGAGAGAGAGAGAGAGAAAAAGUAGAGCGAUAUGGUGCCACGGGAGCUGAUCGCGUUGGCGACGCUGACGACGCUGUGCGUCGCGACGUCGGCCGCCGCGGCUGCCGUCGCGGCGGCUGCCCCCUCGAUUGACUUCGACCUCACUGGCGGCGGCGGCGGUGGCGACUAUGAGGUGCCGGCCGACACUGAGGAGAGGACGUCGACUGCCGACAACGACGAUGUCGCCGAAAGCCGAGGUGGUCUGCAUCAACGUAACGCGAACUCGAACCAACACGGUCGCGAGGUUCGCUGCUACUGCAACCAGCCCCACUGCGUGUCCCAGGGCUACAUGUGUCGGGGUCGUGGCUGCUUCACGGAACUGCCUAUUCCGCCGAUGAACGGCAGACAUCACCAGCAGCUGACCAGUCGACCAGAACACGCUGCCUACAGCGGUUGUCUGGAGAGAAGCUUCGCCGAGAGGCCCUGUCCACCGGGAAAGCUCUGCUGCGAACAGGACAUGUGCAACCACGUCGACAGCCCGGCCAUGAGGAGUCGACUCAACAAGACGCUUCAAGUUCUUCUGGGCGAGCACAGGACGUACUUCGACACGAUGCAACCGGCCGGUCAAGAAGUCCAAACAUCCGACGGUUGGUUCCGAACGGCGACGAUCGCAGUGCCGAUCUGUGGCUUCGUCGUCCUCUUGAUCCUCGCCAGUCUCGCGAUUCGACUCCUUCAGCCACUGCCAUCUCAGGGCGACAAACUCAACGGUCUGCGGAUGCCGGAGACAACGCCACCGCUUCUUGGACCCACCAACAAGAUGCCCCUCGUCUGAGCUCCGAGGAUCGAGCUACCCCAAGAAAGGCCCAAAGACUUUCCCUGCGACGCUCGCGUUGUUGUCGCUACGUAUAUUUUUGUUUCUCGUCGCACGGAAAGAAGUAUUUGAAAUUCGAGUAGUAUUGAUGGAGUUUUCGAUAUGUGAUUUAUUUUCUUGCGAGUUGUGGUGGCGCGAAUCUCGUCUCUUUUUUUGUAAGCACUCGAAUUUUUUUUCUUUUAAUGGAUUUAGCCAGUUUAAGUGAAACUCGCUGUCGUUUUUCAUUCGGCGAAUCCGUUGAUUAUCGAGGUGGAGUCACGACUCGAAUUGUAUUCAUCGAUCAAUUUUUAUUUUCGAAAAUCAUUGUGUCAGUUUUGGAAAAAAAGGCUCUUCAGUUUCUAGUCAGUUACGUUGUUUUAGAGAGCUGCAGAGCAAUUUUUCGUUCGCUAUUCCGAGAACAUUUUUCUACAAUAAUCUUUUGCGAAGGUAACUGAAUUGUUGCAAUGAGUCUCAUUCAAAAAGCCGGUGUAGAUAAAUACAACUUAGUGAAGACGUGCUGCCUUGGAAGAUUUUUGAAUUUGUACAGAGUUUUUAAAUUAUUGCCUUAUAGUUCGUACAUAACGAUAAUGAUAUAUAUUAUAUGAAUAACGAAUGUAUAAGAAUUUAAGGAAGAAUUCUUGCGAUGGUCGAUUUUACUCGAGAGUUGAGAAAUUAUAGAGAAGUGGCAUUUAUGGAUGUAAAGUUGAGGUUUUGCAAUUUUACAAUGAUAUCUGUAUAUGCGUUACUUUCGUGCGCGGUCAUGAAUGUGAAUUCAAUUUCUACCAGUUUAUUAAUUUUGUAUACUUUUUUUGGAAUUCGAAAACGCGCGAUUCUAAAAGCUAUAGAGCGAGCCUCACUUGAUUCCAUACGGCUGUGAAUUGUCUGAAGGAACGACACGGUGUGUACAUUAUAAGUUUGCUGUAUGCAUAAUUACGACAUAAUGCUCUUUUAGUUGAAAGAAAAAGAUAUAUUUGUAGAUUUAUAAAAAGGAAUCGUUGGAACGAUUUUCCGAUGAUCAGCAUCACGACAUCGUUUCAGUUGUUUUUGUAUGAAUGUGUAUACUAUGCGUUUGAUGAGUAAAACCGAGUGAAAUGUUGCUUUCUUGCGGAAGGCUGCAACGCAAAUUGUAAAUAUAAUGCAAAAAAAAUGUUAAAAAGUUGAGCGUAAGAUAUAUAUGUAACAAUAUUACGCGCGAUUCCAGUUAAUUUUGUUUUUCAUCUAGAGAACGUUCGUCGACGGAUUGCUUCUGGCUGAAUUUGAAGCGAUGAAAAAGAGGAAUUGUUAUCUGCUUUUUUUACUUGCAACUUGAUAACGCUAAAGAUGAUUGCGAGAAAUGCAGACCUUUCAUUUGAAUGUAUGAUUCGUAAAUUUUAUAUUCGAGAAAAUAAUUCCUCCAUUCGAUUUAAGAUCUUACAAUUAUUAAGAGGAUAACGAACAUUUUUUUUCAUCGACUUCACGAAAAGAUCGCGUUAAUUUAUUGUCUGCCUUCAAGGAAGAGCAGUACAGCACCGCCAUUAUUUAUGUUACUUAUCGAAUAUAAAAUGUGCUAAAAAAUAAAAAAUAUAUAGAUAUAUAGAUAUAUAUAUUAUAUGUAAAUGUAGACAAGACACAAGUGCCGAAAAUUGAGAUCUCUACGUCUUGAUCGUCGAGCCUAACCUUAAUCGUAUUCCAUUAAAAAAAAAUAUGAUAUUGUGAUAAUACGAUAUAAUUAUGAUAGAUUAUGCAUUAAUCAACGAUUAUAUAACAAUUGUAUAUCGUUAUUGAAGAUUGUAUAACAUGACAUGUAUAAUGGUCUACUUGAUGACAAGUCGAGUAGCCCGACUGAGAAAAUACACGAUAAAAAUACAAACACUGAAUUUUUGCAAAA